GCGCUCUGGGCGCUUGCGCAGCCCGCUCUGACCCGCCGAGCACUCGUCCUUCCGGGGGGCAAGUGCCAGUUCGUGAGCGUGCGCGUUCUCGCUGUCGCCGGUGCUGCUUCCGCCGUCCUCUGCCGCUGCUAUCACUGUCGCCGCCCCGGAUCCUCAGGCCGAGCUGUAGGACGGCCGGCUGCCCAGCAGCGCCGCGGUACGGAGAGCGGAGCCGCGGAACCGGUGGACAGGCGGGCGGGCCGACAGAUUAAUCUAACAUGGCUGACCAGAGGCAGCGCUCACUCUCUACCUCCGGGGAAUCACUAUAUCAUGUUCUUGGGCUGGACAAGAAUGCAACCUCGGAUGACAUUAAAAAGUCCUAUCGGAAGCUGGCCCUGAAAUAUCACCCUGACAAGAACCCUGAUAACCCAGAAGCUGCAGACAAGUUUAAGGAGAUUAACAACGCCCACGCCAUCCUGACAGAUGCCACGAAAAGAAACAUUUAUGACAAGUACGGCUCGCUGGGGCUCUAUGUGGCCGAGCAAUUUGGGGAGGAGAACGUCAACACCUACUUCGUACUCUCCAGCUGGUGGGCCAAGGCCCUGUUCGUUGUCUGUGGCCUCCUCACCUGCUGCUACUGCUGCUGCUGUUUGUGCUGUUGCUUUAACUGCUGCUGUGGGAAGUGCAAGCCCAAGGCACCUGAGGGUGAAGAGACGGAAUUCUACGUAUCGCCUGAAGACCUGGAGGCACAGCUGCAGUCUGAUGAGAGGGAGGCUACAGACACACCGAUCGUCAUACAGCCAGCAUCCGCCACAGAGACCACCCAGCUGACGGCUGACUCCCACCCCAGCUACCACACCGACGGGUUCAACUAAAUUCAGGAGAGGCUGUGAUUAGAGGAUGAAUCAGCACCUGGCCACUGCAACCUUAGAAUCAUGAACUGUAGUCACUGAGAUGGGGAGGCAGCCGUCAACCUGACCUGCUGUGGCUGGUCAGGGCCCCUCCCACCUCCUCUAAGCCCAACCAUCUGUCAAUCCUUGAUACACGACGAAGUGCGUAGCAUGCAGUAUUUAAAGCAGUGUAGCUACGGUC